AUGGUGACUGGCAUCGAGGCGGCAGGUCUCGCCCUCGCUAUUCUUCCUCUUCUUAUAAACCAGAUCGAUGCCUACGCUCUCGGCAUUGAGAAGAUCAGGCUUCUAAGGCGAUACCGACGGGACUUGAAAGAUUAUUCGAUGGGACUGAAAACACAGCGCACCAUCUUGCUGAAUACACUAGAACAAGCCCUCGAAGGUGUCGUCGACGACGAAGAUGAGAUACACCAACUCAUCAACAACCCACAAGGCGAAGAAUGGGCAAACGCAGCUCUACAAAGUCGUCUCCGCAGAAAGCUGAACCGAAAUUACGAUGUGUUCUUCCAAAAUAUGACUUCUCUCUCGGACCUACUGGAAUAUCUCUCUCGAAAGCUACAUAUUGGUGGAGAUUGGACGAACUCCGCCCCCGAAACCUGGGAUCUAUGGAAAUUCCGUAAGAUCCUUAGCAAAGCGGUUUACGACGAUCUCCUCGCAAAGAUCAACGCGGCAAACACAAUACUGAAGCUUCUCAUUGACCAAUCCGAUCACCGGGAAGCGAGCAAGAAGAGGCGCCAGUCCUGGAGUCCCCUUCUACAACAAUAUAAAAAGGCACGCAAGCAUGCUGAUGGGCUAUUUCAAACUAUCAUUGACGGGAAUUACUGGCGUUGUAGUUGUAAAGGGCAACACUGUGUCCAGCUUCAACUACAAACAAAUCCUCUAGGGAGUGCUGAGGAUCAUCCUCUCAGAAACUGCCAGUCUCAGUUCCGGAUGCUCUUCUCCAACAAGGCCCCGAGCAAUACAAAUUCAGAUCAUCUAUUGACCUGGACGGAGAUGGUCUUCAAGCCGAUGCAGGUCAAAGAGGCUAUGGGACUUGCCACUCUCUCCCUUUACGACAACCCCACGUUCUAUCAAGUACAGGGAAGAUCUAGGGUCCAGUGCAACGGUUCCACUCUCAUAGAGGAAGCAUCAGAAAUGACUCUUGACCCCCCGUCUAUUCCACCCAUUCAGGAUUUUUGUUCAUCUCUACAUUUUGCCGAAAUACGCAGUGGGCAGCAAAAGACCAUUGGUUUCAUUGCCAACGAGAUGAAUACCUCUUUCCGGUACACAAUGGAAGCAGUGAAACUUCCAAAGGGAGUUCCACAGAAAACUCUUGAGGAAGUCCUUUCAAAAAUUGGUCGGCGUGAUCGACUUCAUAUCGCUACCGGCCUAGCAUGUGGUGUGGUUCAAUUCUGUGGCAAUUGGCUAAAAUCCUCAUGGGAUAGUUCCGAUGUCCAUCUGGCUGCUGCGGACGACGGUUACAGCGUAUUGCUGGACAAUCUAUAUCUCUCGUGGCCUCUUCUCCCUCCCAGUGCUGGAAGAGAGUCUCGCAACUCGACGCCCUAUCCUAACGUGCAAAACAAUAUUCUGUUGCCUUUAGGGCUUGCACUAGUGGAACUUUCACUUGGGAAAUCCCUCAGUGUAUUCUUUACUCCGGAGGAUGAGCACCAGGAACCAUUGGUCACUAAAUUCCGAGUUGCCUCAAGGCUUGUCGACAAUGUGCACCAGGAAAGUGGUACGCACUAUGCAGAAGCCGUUCAUAGCUGCCUCUACUGGUCUGGCAUAACCUCACUGUGCAAUGAGCAAAGAUUCGUGGAGCGUGUCUUUGAUAACAUUGUCUCUCCUUUGCUGAAGGACUUGGUAAAUUUCGAGGGUCUGACGUGA